AUGACCAUCUUUGAAAAUGUCACCCGGGCCCUGGCCAGACAGCUAAACCCUAGAGGGGACCUGACACCCCUUGACAGCCUCAUAGACUUCAAGCGCUUCCAUCCUUUCUGCCUGGUGCUGCGGAAGAGGAAGAGCACACUCUUCUGGGGUGCCCGCUAUGUCCGCACUGACUACACCCUCCUGGAUGUGCUUGAAGUUGGCAGUUCACCUUCAGAUCCAACAGACUCUGGGAACUUUAGCUUUAAGAAUAUGCUGGAUGCCCGAGUGGAGGGAGAGGUGGAUGUGCCAAAGACAGUCAAGGUCACGGGGACUGCCGGGCUGUCCAGGAGCAGUACCCUGGAGGUCCAGACACUCAGUGUGGCCCCUAAGGCUCUGGAGACCUUGCACCAGGAAAGGAAGCUGUCCACCAAGCACCCGUUCCUGAAGGAGAUGCGAGACCGAGGGGAGAACCUGUAUGUGGUCAUGGAGGUGGUGGAGACCGUGCAGGAGGUCACUCUGGAGAGAGCCGGCAAGGCGGAGGGCUGCUUCUCCCUCCCGUUCUUUGCCCCGUUGGGACUACAGGGAUCCAUAAACCACAAGGAGGCUGUAACCAUCCCCAAGGGCUGCAUCCUGGCCUUUCGAGUGAGACAACUGAUGGUCCAAGGCAAAGAAGAAUGGGAUAUUCCACAUAUCUACAAUGAUAACAUGCAAACCUUCCCUCCUGGAGGCCGCCGGACGGAGGGUGCUUGGCUUACCAUGUUCACUGUCUCAAUAGAGGAGGAACAUGAGGACUUCAAGACACUAAAAGAAGAAGUUCAAAGAGAGAUCCAAGAAGUGAAGAAGCUAAGCCGGGUAGGGCAAAGCUCCCUGCUCACCUCCCUCAGCAAACUUCUUGGGAAGAAAAAGGAGCUACAGGACCUGGAGCUCACGCUUGAAGGGGCUCUAGACAAAGGACAUGAAGUGACGCUAGAGGCACUCCCAAAAGAUGUCUUGGUAUCAAAGGAGGCUAUGGGUGGCAUCCUGUAUUUCCUUGGAGCCCUAACACAGCUAAGUGAAGCCCAACAGAAGCUGCUGAUAAAAUCAGUGGAGAAAAAGAUACUACCCUUGCAGCUAAAGCUGGUGGAGAGCACAAUGGAACAGAGUUUCCUACAGGAUAAAGAGGGUGUUUUCCCCCUGCAGCCUGACCUGCUCUCCUCCCUUGGGGAAGAGGAAUUGACCCUCACAGAGGCCCUAGUGGGGCUGAGUGGCCUCGAAGUGCAGAGAUCGGGCCCCCAGUACACGUGGGACCCAGACACCCUCCCCCGCCUCUGUGCCCUUUAUGCUGGCCUCUCCCUCCUGCAGCUGCUGACCAAGGCCUCCUAACUGGCCUUUUCCACCUGCUUCCUGC